AUGUACAGCGCACCUCGCCAGGAUACCGGUGGAUCUUACACUGCGGCGCCGCCCGCUUACUCGCAAGCUUCAUCUUCACGCGAGCCUCUCGUUGGUGAAGAAUGGGAUGUACCGGACGAUUUUAAGCAUGGAGUAAAUGUUUCGGAGUGUGAUCUCAUCAAUUCUAAAGCUUUCGUUCGCAAGGUUUACUCCAUUCUGUUUAUACAACUUCUAAUGACAACCGUCGUAGCCGGAAUUAUGAUGUAUAAUCCUAACGUCAGAUUUUGGGUUCAAGAAAAGUACGAAUAUUUUUUUUCUGUUUAUGGCAAGAUGCCUUUAUAUCUAAAACUAAAAUAA